AUGUUGGGCAAGAUGCUAAUCUUUCUGAGCCUUGAAAUCGUUGAUUCCAAAGCUGAGGAAGAACUUGGUUACACAUGGGAAGCUGUUGAUACCCAAAAUAAUAUACUUUAUAAAAUAAAUGUCUGUGGAAACGUGGCAAUUUCCCAGUGUGGGCCAUCAAGUGCUAUUUGCAUGUACAAUUGGAAGACAAAGAGCUAUCUUUCAGUUGGUGACACUCCUUUGAAAAGUGGAACCAGAUCUCUUUUGGAAUUCAACACCACACUGAGUUGUGAGCAACCAGGCGCAAAUCACAAAGUCCAGAGCAGCAUCACUUUCCUGUGUGGGAAGACCCUGGGGACUCCUGAGUUUGUCACAGCCACAGAAUGUGUGCAUUAUUUUGAGUGGAGGACCUCAGCAGCCUGCAAGAAAGACACCUUUAAAGCCAUUAAAGAGGUGCCUUGUUAUGCAUUUGAUGCAGAGUUCAAGAAGCGUGAUUUAAAUCCGUUGAUCAAGAGCAGUGGCGGUUACCUGGUCGAUGAUUCUGAUCCUGACUCGUCUCUCUUCAUCAACAUUUGCAGAGACAUAGACUCACUGCGAGACUCCAGCCUGCAGCUGCGCGCCUGUCCCCCCGGCACUGCCGCCUGCCUGGUGAAAGGCGACCAGGUGUUCGACGUUGGCCGACCCAAGGAGGGGCUGAAGCUCGUGGGCAGGGACAGACUUGUCUUGAGUUACGUGAAGGAAGAUGCAGCCAAGCCGGACUUCUGUGAUGGUCACAGCCCAGCUGUGACUAUUACCUUCGUGUGUCCUUCAGAGAGGAGAGAGGGUACCAUUCCUAAACUCACUGCGAAAUCCAACUGCCGCUAUGAGGUGGAGUGGAUCACUGAGUAUGCCUGCCAAAGGGACUAUUUGGAGAGUAAAACCUGCUCCCUGAACAGCCAGCAGCAUGACAUAUCCAUCGACCUUAGACCACUUGCCCAGAACAGAUCUUCAUACUCCCCAUCCUAUACCUCAGAUGGAAAGGAAUAUAUUUUUUACUUGGAUGUCUGUGGAGACACAGAAGCUCGUGUCUGCAAUAAGAAAGGGGCUGCAGUUUGCCAAGUGAAGAAGGGUGAUUCCACGCAAGUCAAAGUGGCCGGAAGAUACCAGAACCAAACUCUCCGAUACUCGGACUCAGACCUCACCUUAAUAUAUUUUGGAGGAGACGAAUGCAGCUCAGGCUUUCGACGAAUGAGCGUCAUCAACUUUGAAUGCAAUAAAACCGCAGGUAACCAUGGGAAAGGAACCCCCGUGUUCACGGGCGAGGUGGACUGCACCUACUUCUUCACAUGGGAAACAAAGUACGCCUGUGUCAAGGAGAAGGAGGACCUGCUGUGUGGCCUCAGUGAUGGGAAGAAGCAUUACGAUCUGUCCCCUCUGGUUCGACACUCAGAGCGGGAACAGAAUUGGGAAGCUGUGGAUGGCAGCCAGGCACAGGUGGAAAAGAAGCAUUUUUUCAUUAACAUCUGUCACCGAGUGCUGCAGGAGGGCCGGGCGAAAGGCUGUCCCAAGGAUUCGGCUGUGUGCGCUGUGGAUAAGAAUGGAAGAAGUAAAAAUCUGGGAAAAUUUGUUUCUUCUCCCGUAAAAGACAAAGGAAAUGUUCUAAUUGCUUAUUCAGAUGGUGACGAAUGUGGUCACGGCAAGAAAAUAAAAACUAAUAUCACACUUGUGUGCAAGCCAGGUGAUUUAGAAAGUGCUCCAGUCCUGAGAAGCUUUGGGGACAGUGGUUGCUUCUUCGAGUUUGAGUGGCGCACAGCAGCUGCCUGUGUUCUGGCCAGGGCGGAGGGUGAGAAUUGCACGGUUCUCGAUUCCCAGGCAGGGUUUUCUUUUGACUUGUCACCUCUGAAAAAGAAAAAUGGGGGUUAUAAAGUUGAAACAGAGAAGUAUGACUUUUACAUAAAUGUGUGUGGCUCUGUGACAAUGGACUCUUGCGAGCCCAACUCGGGAGCAUGUCAGGUGGCAAAAAGUGACAAGAAAGCUUGGAACCUGGGCCUGAGUAAUGCUAAGCUUUCGUAUUAUGAUGGGAUGAUCCAGUUGAACUACAAAGAUGGCACACCCUAUAAUAAUGAAAAGCAUACACCGAGAGCUACACUUAUCACCUUUCUUUGUGAUAGAGAAGCUGGGAUAGGUGCCCCUGAGUAUCAGGAGGAAGAUAACUCUACCUACAACUUUCGGUGGUACACCAGCUAUGCAUGCCCUGAGGAGCCCAUGGAGUGUGCUGUGACGGACCCCUUCACAUUGGAGCAGUACGACCUCUCCAGCCUUGCCAAAUCUGAAAGCAGCCUCGGUGGGAACUGGUAUGCCCUGGACAACACCGGCGAUCGGUCCACCUGGAGGAAAUACUACAUCAAUGUCUGUCGGCCCCUGAACCCAGUGCAGGGCUGCGACCGCGCCACCUCCUCAUGCGAGAUGAAGUACAAGCGAGAGCAAGGGUUGUCUUACGAGAUCGUCUCCAUCAGUAACUUGGGUGUGGCAAGGGAGGGUCCCACCAUUGAGGACAGGGGCAGCCUUCUCCUGGAGUAUGUGAAUGGCUCGGCCUGCAAGACCAGCGAUGGCCAGCUGACCACCUACACCACACGGAUCCACCUCAUCUGCUCCCCAGGCAGCCUGAACACCCACCCCAUAUUUUCUCUCAGUUGGGAGUGUGUCGUCACUUUCCUGUGGAACACAGAGGCUGCCUGCCCUGUUCAGAUAGCCAUGGACACAGACCAGGCCUGUGCUGUCAAGGAUCCUAACAGUGGAUUUGUGUUUAACCUCAACCCACUCAAUAGUUCUCAGGGAUACGUGGUCUCGGGCAUCGGGAAGACCUUUAUGUUGAACAUCUGUGGAGCAAUGCCAGUCUGUGGGACUGUUGAUGGGAAGGCAGCCUAUGGCUGCGAGGCAGAAACCCAGACGGAAGACCUGAAGAACCUGAAGCCGGAAAGGCCUGUCGGAGGCGAGAAAGCCCUUCAGUUGUCCACGGAAGGUUUCAUCACACUGACCUACAAAGGCCUGCUCUCCCCUGACAGAGGUACUGCUGAUGCUUUCAUCAUCCGCUUUGUGUGUAACGAUGACAUUUACCCAGGAACACCCAGAUUCCUGCACCAAGACAUCGACUCUGGGCUCGGAAUCCGGGACACAUACUUUGAGUUUGAAACGGCUUUGGCCUGUGUGCCUUCUCCAGUGGACUGCCAAGUCACCGACCUUGCCGGAAACGAAUACGAUCUGAGUGGUUUAAGCAAAGUUAAGAAGCCUUGGACUGCUGUUGACAUCUUAGCCGACGGGCAAAAGAGAACCUUCUAUCUGAGUGUUUGCAAUCCUCUUCCUUUUAUUCCUGGAUGCCACGGCAGUGCAAUGGGCGCUUGCUUAAUCUCAGAAGACAACAGCUGGAACCUGGGGGUGGUGCAGAUCAGUCCUCAAGCCGCGGCCAAUGGCUCCCUGAGCAUCGUGUACGUCAAUGGUGACAAAUGUGGGAACCAGCGCUACUCCACAAGGAUCAUGUUCGAAUGCGCUCAGACGUCGGGAUCACCAACGUUCCAACUUUUGGACGACUGUGAGUACGUGUUUGUCUGGAGAACGGUGGAGGCCUGCCCUGUUGUCCGAGUGGAAGGGGACAACUGUGAGGUGAAAGACCCCAGACACGGCAACUUGUAUGACCUGAGGCCUCUGAGCCUGAACGACACAAUUGUGUCUGCCGGAGACUACACCUACUACUUCCGCGUCUGUGGACAGCUUUCCUCGGAUGUCUGUCUAACUCAAGACAGGUCCCAGGCGGUCUCGUCGUGUCAGGAAAAACCCGGACCCCAAGGGUUUCACAAAGUGGCAGGGCUCCUGAACCAGAGAGUGACUUAUGAAAAUGGACUGUUAAAGAUUAACUACACGGGGGGCGACAUUUGCCAUGAGGUGUACCAGCGCUCCACAACUGUCUUCUUCUACUGUGACCGCAUCACACAGAAGCCAGUGUUUCUGAAGGAGACUUCAGAUUGCUCCUACUUGUUUGAGUGGCGCACACAGUAUGCCUGCCCUCCCUUUGAAACCACGGAGUGCUCGUUCAAAGAUAGUGCGGGGAACACCUUCGACCUCUCAUCCCUGUCAAGGUACAGUGAUAACUGGGAAGCGGUCACGAGCACGGGGGCCACAGAACACUACCUCAUCAACGUCUGCAAGUCCCUGGCUCCGCAGGCUGGUGUCGAGCCAUGCCCACUGGAGGCAGCUGUCUGUCUGCUGAACAACUCCAAGACCGUGAACCUUGGCCGAGUGAAGGAUGGCCCUCAGUGGGAAGAUGACUCAGUUGUCCUCAAGUACGUGGAUGGGGACUUGUGUCCAGACCAGAUUAGAAAAAAGUCAACCACCAUCCGAUUAACCUGCAACAAAAACCAAGUGAACCCCAGACCCAUGUUCAUCAGUGCGGUGGAGGACUGUGAAUACACCUUCUCCUGGCCCACAUCCGCCGCUUGUCCUGUGAGAAGUAGUGAACAUGACAACUGCCAAGUCACCAACCCCUCCACAGGUCACCUGUUCGAUCUGAACCCUUUAAGCAGCAGAGUUGGGUACACCGCUGCCUACAGCGAGAAAGGGCUGGUUUAUAUGAGUGUCUGCGGGGAGAAUGAGAACUGCUCUCCGGGCGUGGGCGCCUGCUUUGGACAGACCAGAAUCAGCGUGGGCCAGGCCAAUAAGAGGCUCAUCUACGUGGACCAGGUGCUGCAGCUGGUGUAUGAGGACGGCUCCUCUUGUCCUUCCAAGCUGGGCCUGAGGUAUAAGAGCGUCAUCAGCUUUGUGUGCCGGCCGGAAGUAGGGCCGACAAACCAGCCCAUGCUCAUCUCCCUGGACAAGCAGACUUGCACCCUCUUCUUUUCCUGGCACACGCCGCUGGCCUGCGAGCAGGUGAUGGAAUGUUCCGUGAAGAACGGCAGCUCCAUCAUCGACUUGUCCCCCCUGAUCCACCGCACUGGGGGCUAUGAAGCGUAUGACGAGAGUGAGGAGGGCACUUCUGACACCAACCCUGACUUCUACAUCAAUAUCUGCCAGCCACUGAACCCAAUCCAUGGAGUGCCGUGUCCUGCCGGGGCAGCUGUGUGCAAAGUGCCCAUUGACGGGGCCCCCAUCGAUAUUGGCCGAGUCACGGGCCCUCCAGUGCUUAACCCCUCAGCAAAUGAAGUUUACAUAAAUUUUGAAAGUACCACGCCUUGUUUAGCUGACAGUCGUUACAACUACACCUCCCUCAUCACCUUUCACUGUAAGAGAGGCGUAAGCAUGGGAACACCCAAGCUGCUGAGGACCAAUGACUGCGACUUUGUGUUUGAGUGGGAGACCCCGCUAGUGUGUCCUGAUGACGUGUUGACGGAGGGCUGCUCGCUGACGGACGAGCAACUCUACUACAGCUUCAACCUGUCCCGUCUGUCCACAAGCACCUUUAAGGUGACUCAAGACUCCCACACUUACAGCGUAGGUGUGUGCACCGCGGCUGCAGGCCUGGACCAGGGUGGCUGCAAGGACGGAGGUGUCUGCCUACUCUCCAGCAGUAAGGGAGCCUCGUUCGGGCGGCUGGCCUCCAUGCGGCUGGACUACAGGCACCAGGACGAGGCUGUCAUCCUGAGCUACGUCAAUGGUGACAUCUGCCCUCCAGAAACGGAAAAUGGCGACCCUUGCGUCUUCCCCUUCAUAUUCAACGGGAAGAGCUACGAGGAGUGUGCUGUGGAGGUGAGGCCAAGGGCCUGGUGCGCCACCACCGAAAACUACGACCGUGACCAUGAGUGGGGCUUCUGCAGGCACUCCAACAGCCACCGGACGUCCGCCAUCAUAUUCAAGUGUGACGAAGAUGCCGACAUUGGGUGGCCCCAAGUUUUCAGUGAGGUUCGUGGGUGUGAGGUGACUUUUGAGUGGAAAACAAACGUCGUCUGCCCCCCAAAGAAGAUGGAGUGCAAAUUCAUCCAGAAGCACAAAACCUAUGACCUGCGGCUGCUCUCGUCUCUCACGGGGUCCUGGUUCUUUGUCCAUGAUGGCGCCUCGUACUACAUCAACUUGUGUCAGAAAAUAAACAAAGGACCCUCAGGCUGUUCCGACAGAGCCAGCGUGUGCAGAAAGACUGCAUCCGGUCAGGUCCAGGUUCUGGGUCUGAUCCACACACAGAAGCUGGACGUUGUAGAUGACAAAGUGGUUGUCACCUACUCGAAAGGACAUCAGUGUGGUGACAUGAACAAGACUGCAUCCACGGUGAUUGAGUUGACAUGCGCGAAGACGGCAGGCAGGCCGGCGCUCGACAGAUUUGACAUCGACAGCUGCACCUACUACUUCCGCUGGGACAGCCGGGCUGCUUGUGCAGUGAAGCCCCAGGAGGUAGAGAUGGUGAAUGGGACCAUCAUCAAUCCCGUAAACGGCCAGAGCGUCAGCCUGGGAGACAUCUAUUUUAAGCUCUUCAGUGCUUCUGGGGACAUAAGAACCAAUGGGGACAAGUACCUGUAUGAAAUCCAGCUAUCUUCCAUCACCAGCUCCACGCAUCCCUCAUGCUCUGGGGCCAACAUCUGCCAGCUCAAAGCCAAUGACCAGCACUUUAGUAGGAAAGUGGGGACCUCUGAUAAAACCAAGUACUACGUUCAAGAUGGUGACCUCGAUGUCGUGUUUACUUCAUCCUCGAAGUGUGGCAAAGACAAGACGAAGUCCGUCUCAUCCACCAUCUUCUUCCAUUGUGAUCCUUCAGUGGAAGAAGGGAUCCCAGAAUUCAGCCAUGAGACUGCUGACUGCCAGUACCUUUUCUCCUGGUACACCUCGGCCGUGUGCCCGCUCGGGGUGGGCUUCGAUGGCGAGAGCACUGGAGAGGACACCCCAGAGCGCCAGGGGCUCUCGGGGCGGAGCCAGGCCAUUGGGGCCAUUCUCAGCCUGCUGUUGGUGGCCCUGACCGGCUGUCUGCUGACCCUACUGCUUUACAAGAAGGAACAGAGGGAGACGGUGAUGAAUAAGCUCACCAACUGCUGUAGAAGAAGUUCAAAUGUGUCCUACAAAUACUCAAAGGUCAACAAGGAGGAAGAGGCCGAUGAGAACGAAACCGAGUGGCUCAUGGAGGAGAUCCAGGUACCAGCCCCCAGACCCGGGAAGGAGGGGCAGGAGAAUGGCCACAUCACCGCCAAGUCGGUGACGGCCGAGGCCCUCAAGUCCCUGCGCGGUGACGACCAGGACAGUGAGGACGAGGUGCUGGCUAUCCCAGACGUGAAGGUGCAUUCUGCCCGCAGCCCUGGGGCAAACAGCUCUCGCCAGACAAGAAGCCCCCCGAGGAAGGCGGGUCGGGUCCGGCUCGACGACCGGAUGGGGCUGAUCAGAAGCGAGAAGGCCAGGAAAGGGCGGUGCAGACCCGGCCAGCAGAAGCCGGGGAUCCCCAGCCGCCCGGCGAGCUUCCACGACGACAGCGAUGAAGACCUCCUCCACGUCUGA